AUGCUUUUGCAAGUUUUUACAACAAAACAAACUUUAAAUACUUCACUUAAAAUUAUGUGUACACAACAAUCACAGUCAUCUCAGAAGGAACUAUCUCAACCCUCUCAGAAGCAACAAUCUCAACCAUCUCAGAAACAACUAUCUCAGAUGUCUAAAAAACUGACAUCUCAGAAAUAUUUGGGGCAAUUUCCUAAUCAUAUGCAUCCACAUAUUGUUGACAUUGCUGAUGUGCUUGAAGAUGGAAAUUGUGGUUUUAGAGCUGUUGCAUCUUUACUUGGUUACACAGAGGAAGGUUGGUCCAUCGUCCGCCGGGAGUUAGAUGAAGAGCUUAGAAAUAAUAACAAUUUGUAUGAGAAAUUAUUCAGACAAGAUUUGCAGGUUGUGAGAGAUUCGUUGGUAGCAACUAGAUGGUUCACCAUACCUGCUAUGGGUUACUUGGUAGCAAAUAGGUAUAAUGUCUUUCUCGUCACGUUGGAUAAACCUAGUAAGACUUUCUUUCCUAUGAUGACUUCAUAUUCCUCUUCAGCAAGGUUUUUUUCUAUUGGUUUUGUCAAUGGAAAUCAUUGGGUUCCGGUAAACAUGUCAAAGGGGUUUCCGUUGCCCGAAGUUACAGCUGAUUGGAAGAAAUUUUGUUCACAUGAAGCAAGGUCUUGGAUGUCAAACUUAAACGGACGCCUACAAUAUUGGAACCUUCUAAAUCCUCCGGUGAAACGUCUUAGUGGUGUUAUGUCUGUUGAAUAA